UCCUGGGCUGUGUAUAAAAAGAAAAGGUGAGAUGAGCAGAAGUGUUCAUUGCUCUUUGCUCCUCUGGAUGAAAUGUGACCAGCUGCUCUCAUCUCCAUGGAUGUCAUGUGACCAGCUGCGAAUCUCUGUAGACAUCACAUGACCAGCUGCUCUCGGCUUCCACCACCUUGGCUUCCUCACUAUGAUGGACUGUGUGUUUGAACUGUAAGCCAAAAUAAUUCCCCUUUUGUUUUUGUUAAACUCUGUAUUGCCAUGUGGCUGUGGCGUUAUCUCAUUUUUGGGAGUGGGGAGGGGUUGAGACAGGGUUUCCCUGUAUCUCAUUUUUUUUUACAUGUCUUGCUUCCUUGGCAGCUGGCUGGAGUCUCCCAGACUCCACCCUUCUUGUAUAUCUGCUUGGAUUUCCCACCUGGCUCUAUCCUGCCUUGCCAUAGGCUGAAGCAGCUUUAUUAGUCAAUGAGAACAACACAUAUUCACAGUGCACAGAACAUCUUACACCCCCCCCCACACACAAUCGGACCUUAUAACAGGUCACAGGAAUUUGUUUUCCUCUUCCAGCAUGUGUGGACACAGCAGAGAAAGCUCUCAAUGGAACCUCACAGUGCUGACUUUCUACCCUGUAGAGCUAAAUAAUGAAUUUCUGCCACCUACACACUACCUAUCUGUUGUAGUCAGCUCUCUGUCACUGUAAUGAAUGAUGAAGAUGAUACAGCUUACUGAAUGAAAAGUUUUAUUUUUGACCCCCAUUUUUGAAAGUUGUAUGUAUUAGACACUGGUAACAAAAGAAAAUGGCACUGUCACGAGGUGUAGCUUUGUUGGGAUAGGUAUGGUCUUGCUGAAGGAAAUGUGUCACUGUGGGGGUGACUCAGGUCUCAUAUAUGCUCAAACCACAUCCAAUAUCUCAGUUCAUUUCUGUUGCCUUUGGAUCAAGAUGUAGAAUCCUCGGCUCCCCAGCAACAUGUCUGCCUGCAUGUCACCGUAUUCCACACCAUGGUGGUAAUGGACUAAACCUCUGAAACUGUAAGCUACUAUCUCAACUAAAUGUUUCAUUUAUAAGAGUUACCGCAGUCAUGAUUUUCCUUCACAGCAAUAGAAACUCUAAGACAGAAGUGGGGUAUUGCUGUGAAAGGCCUGACCAUGCUAUUGUUUAGAGACAUUUGGACUUUGGGAGUUUGGGUUAGGAAAGCAUGGGAAUGUUUUUACUGUUGCCUAGUGGGCCAGCCGUACCAGUAGGAGCAUGGAAGACACUGGUGCUGGGUGACUUGAAUUGGGGGUGGGGGCUGGAUCAAGAGGUUUCAGUGGUCAAGAACUUGUGUAUGUUGCCUACAAAUUGAUCUUGUGAUAUUUUGGUGAAAAAUGUGGCUGCUUUUUGCCCUCGUAUGAAAACUUUGUCUGAGGUUAAAGUGAAGAGUUUUAGAGUAAUUCCCUUGGCAGAAGAAAUCUCAAAAAAGCCUAGAAUAGACUGUUUUAUGGUUACUAGUGUUAACUCUAAUGAAGAGGUAUGAUAAAAAGGAAAACCUAAGUAGGAAAAAUUACAAAAUGUAAAUUUUGACUAGAAAAAGAGUACCAGGAAGUGGAAUAGAGCUAAAUUCUGUAUUCAAGGAGAUAAACAGAUUAAGAAAUGGCAUACAGGGAGUGGUGACCUCAGAGCAAAAUUCUACCCUGCUAAGUUUUCAACUAAGGAAUUAAAGGAAAGCUUAGAACUGGGCAUAGUGGUGAAUGUCUUUAAUCCCAGUGUGCAUGAGAGGCAGAGACUGGCAGAUCUCUGAGUUUAAGCCCAGCCUGGUCUACAGAUCCAAUUUCAGGACAGCCAGUCUGUGAAGGAAACCAUCAAAAACAGGAAGUUGGUAAAGAUGCUAUUGAACGAGGGGGCCAUGUUCCAGGUCCAGUGAACAGCAGACCUUGGCAGCUUGGGUCAUACGGUUCUAGAGUUAAGAACAGACGAAAGGGGCUGUGGAAUUUACCUCCACGGCUGGAAAGAGUUGCAGAGGCCAGGCUUGUGUCAGAGAUGUGAUGAAAGCUUGGAGAGUCCAUUAAUGAAGCUGUGAAGGUGAAGCCUGGAUUACCUUGGAGACCCCAAGUUGUUAGACACGCCAGAGUCAUGGGAUACCUGCUGUGGAGAGCGGCUAACAGGGAGUGGAACCAGCCUAAGAGAAAGAAGUGUGAAGGUGUAAGUCAGAAACAAUGCCACACCAGUUUGGAAUUAUGAUUAAUAGGGUGGUAUUUAUUUAAAGAGGAAAAAACUUACAGAUCACCGUCCCAGACAACAGCUCUCUGAGCAACCAGGAAGGGAGUCUAGUCGCUGGCUGAGCAGGAAGUGAAGAGAGAGAGGAGAGGGAAGUGGCCGCUUUUUUAAAGGGAGAGAGACCACGCCCCAAUGGGCUGGUAUCUCAGCGACUAUAGGCUGGAGGAGCGGAAGGACCUCCCGCAACAAAAGUGUGCUGCAGUCAACAAAACUGAAAGGAGUUGGAGAUCUGAAAAGCAUUUUGACAUCAGACAUAGAGAUGCAGAGCUUGGAGCUUGCCCAGUUCAUUUUUGGCCUUUCUUUGACCCAGUGUUUCCUUACUCUGCUCCCUUCCCUCCAUUCUGGAGUGGUAAUUUAUAUUCUGUGUCAUUAUAUGUUGGAAGAAUAUGAUCUAUUUUUUGAUUUUGGUUUUAUAGGGGAUUACAGUUAAGAGAUCACAUGAGUCUCAGAACAGACUAAACUUUAGACUUUUAAAUAAGUUUGAGACAGUUAUAGACUAUUGCAUCUUUUGAAAUUGGACUGAAUACAUUUUUACAUUAUAAUAUUACUAUGGUUACAGACUUUUGGGGACCAGGGAGUAGAAUGUGGUGGUUGUUUGAAAAAUCAUGCCACUCAUUAUUAGGACGUGUGGCCUUGUUGGAGGAAGUAUGUCAGUGCAAAGGCUGGCAUUGUGGUCUCGUAUCAUGUCCAUUGUCUCAGUUCAGUUCCUGUUGCCUUUGGAUACAGAUGUAGAAUUCUCCAGCAACAUGUCUGCCUGCACACUGCCAUAUGCCCAGCUACCAUGCUUCCUGCCAUGAUAGUUGAGUAUACUUCUGAACUGUAAGCUGCCACCUCAAGUAAAUAUUCUUUCUAAGAGUUGCCAUGGUCACAGUGUCUCUUCCUGGCAUUAGAAACUGUGACUAGGACAGACACAGAAUCUCAGGCGUCUGCCAGUCUUUAGCUUAGGCUUGUCUCCAACUAGCUCUUAUAAUUCAAAUUACCUUGUUUCUAUUCAUCUGUGUUCUGCCAUGUGGCUCAGUUGCCUCUGCUCUGUACUGUAUGUCUGACUUCAGAGUUUCUCUGCCGUAAUCCGAGCCUAGAUCCCUCCUCCUCUUUCUCUCUUUGCCUGGAAUUCCCGCCUAUCUCUCCUGCCUGACUAUUGGCCAUUCAGCUUUUUAUUAAACCAAACACAGUGACACAUCUCCACACAGGGAAACAAAUAUUCUACAACACAUUUCUUUACUUUUUUCUCUUAUCUUUAUGCCUUGUGCUCUGAUUAUCUUCUAUGUCUUACAAAUGAUUGUUAUCAGCAGAUAAUGACAAAUCUAACUGCUCUAAACAAGAAAACAUGAAGGAAAGAUCAUCACACCCCAAACCUGAGCUCUGGAAUUCAUCACUAACACUGCCCCACUCAAUCUCGAACCUAGAUCUAUGCACGCUGUGCCAGGGGUGCCUUCUGUCCCAGCCAAAGGCUCCAUCAAACACACGUGCAUGCUAGAGAAGCCUGGGGGUGCAAAGGUAGGGAGGCAUUUGCUAUCUACGCAGAAGAAAAACUCCACCAUCCAAUGACAUAAUUCCACAACCCACAGCUUAGAACACGCUGACUCGCCGUUUCUCCUCCCCAAAAUGUGACUUUUUAGCAAGUUAUUAAUGCUUGUUUUGAUUUCCUUAUAUUUUAGUUGGUAUUUAACCCAUUCCAAUUUUUCCUCCACCUUCAGACACCAUCACAAUUUCAAAUCUAUUGGCUAUCGCAUCAUUUAGCUUGAGCUAUCAAAUUUUAAACUACAUUUGUCUUUGUGUGUGUGUAUGUGUGUGUGUGUACAUCACCAUGUAUGCAUUCAGAGGAAAUUUUACAGGCACCUGUUCUCUGUUCUCUCCUUCCACGAUGUCAGUCCUAGGGCUAAUAUUGAAGUCAUUAAUUAGACGUGGCAGCAAGCCCUUGGCCUGCCGAGCUAUGUCGCCUGUCACUUGGGCUCUCACUAUCACUUCACACUCUCUGACUUGCUUGAUAUCAGGCCCCCGAAAGGACUCCUUUUUCCUGAUUGCUCUCCCUCACCCCUUUUUCUUGAUUUUUACUUGUUGAGUUUCUGAACACCUAUUUCCACAGCUCUGUCAUUUCCUCUUGUUGAUAGCUUCAUUCGCGCCCAGUCUUCCCCCACUUUUUUUUUUGUUUGUUUUGUUUUUGGAGACAUGGUUUCUCUGUGGUUUUUGGUGCCUGUCCUGGAACUAGCUCUUGUAGACCAGGCUGGCCUCGAACUCACAGAGAUCCGCCUGCCUCUGCCUCCCGAGUGCUGGGAUUAAAGGCGUGCACCACCACCGCCCGGCUUUUAUAGAAUUCUUACAGUUCCUACAGUGGAUUACUCCUUUGUUUAGAAAAGCAUAAGCUAAGUUAAUGGCUUCUUUGUUGGGCUCCCAAGUCUGGCAUUUCCAGUCACCUAUUUUGCAUUCCUACUUGGAUGUCAAAUACAUAUUUUGGUUUCUGCAUGUUCAUAGUUUGUUUCCUUAGGAAGCCUCUGCUGCUCCUAUAAACUGUUUCAUUUAUCCGUGCUUAAGGCAAGAAUCUAAGCCUUACCCUUGCUGAUUUAUUUUCUCAAGCUCUCAUUUGCCCACAAAUCCUAUAUCUUCCACCUCCAGAAUCAUUUCUAGCUCUCCAUUCCUUGCCACUCAAGCCUACCAUCACAGCCUUUCAUCUGUGACCACAUUUUCAUAUAUGCUAACCAGUGCCAAGCCCCCUUCCCUGUGCCCCUACAGUGUUACUGCCUUCUCUGCCUCGUAGAAACCAAGCUGUUUGCUGUCUCUCCAUUCCUUUUCAUUUGUCUGUAGUGAGUAACCAGAAUACCAAUUCCAAAUCCCUUGGAAUCUUACUUUUCUAAUCCCCUUUGACUUUCAGUCCCUCUAAAGUAAGCCCAGCACUUCCCCUUAAUAUCAUCUUGCCUGCCUUUACUUACUAACCUCAGCACUGUUUGUCACUAGCUUAGAGGCUGUCCCCCCCUAACUAGAGGAUUAGCUUAGGACCAAGGGGGAGGCUUGGCUUGAAGGAAGAGGUGGACAUUUAACACGUAUUUGUUAAAUCAUUGACUAGACAGAUACUUGAGUGAAUGGCUGAUGUCCAGUUCCUCUGAGGUUCCCUAACCUUUUCAUGUUCACUGGGGUGAUUCAUCUUCAGCCAUAGCUCCUCACGUUAUCCGUCUGUACGAUGACAGAAUGCUUUGGGCGGCUAACAGGGAAAACAAAGCUGAUGAUGCUGGUCCAGUCAGAAUGUCUCCUGGCUGGUGUGGUCAAUUCCUAAACAAAUAAUAUCCGCUCAUCAAUCAUUGUCCUAUUUCUGCCAACUAGAUCUCCCCAGAGGAGUCAUCAAUCAGCUUGCUUCCGAAGACUGACAGCCUCACCCCCGUAGUCUCCUCUUCCCUGUACAGACUCAUACUAAGAGUACUAAAAAGCCCCAGGUUGCAACAGGGUUAGCAGACUCGCAGGCAGAGGGACAGCGAUUGAGGGGCUCUGGAAAAGGCCAGAACAUGAAGGGCUCCAGCAGCCUGGUGAUGACAGCCUUGGCCCUUCUCCUGGUGCUGUCUGUCCUGGGAAACUCCAGCGGCGCUCCGCAGAGACUCUUUGAGAGGAGGAACUGGACCCCCCAAGCUAUGCUCUACCUGAAGGGCGCUCAGGGCCGUCGCUUCAUCUCCGACCAGGGCCGCAGGAAGGAGCUCGCUGACCGGCCGCCUCCAGAAAGACGAAACCCGGAUCUUCAACUGCUGACUCUCCCAGAGGCUGCAGCCCUGUUGCUGGCUUCCUUGCAGAAACCACAAGAAGAUGAAGGAGGGAAUUUUGAUCAAAGCAGAUUCCUGGAAGACAGACUGCUGAACUGGUGAAGAUGCACCAGAGCACACUCAAGUGUAGUUCUAUUCAUGGUGAAAACCGUAGCCACACGAUUAGGGCCCAUUCACCCUUCCUUCCACACUUGUAACCCUAGACACCAGUACCUCUAGGAUUAGUCCUUCAGAAGUACGACACAUGGGAUUCUGAACACUGUCAAGUUCUAUUGUCUUGGGUUGACAUCACCUGUCUUACGUAGGCUUGGGUUUUGUAUGGCCUUGAGAAUGCCGGGGUGGAGAAUGCAGACUUGUUCUUUCUUUCCCUUGUAGUCAGGCCCUGAUGAAUCUUAGCAGUUUGUUCCUCAUCCUAUCACCUUUUUGGGUGUCACUCACCAACAGUUCUCCCAACCCCCUUUCCUCAUCCCCGGUAAGAGAGAAGGUAUGGUAGGAUUUGUGUGGCUUUUUAUAACUCAUUGAGGAGAGGUCAGUUGAGGAGGGAGGCGAAGAGAAGAUGCCUGGGAUAAUGCUCCCAUAAAAACACAUAUUAUCUAUGACUGCUGAGACAGAGGACCCUCCAUGAUGCAGAAACCCUUGGAAGGUCUGUGAAGACCCAGGGUUGGGAGUCUCUUUGUGUUUCAAGAGGAUCCACUUAGAAACUUGGACCUUAAAGUCGCUGGAAGAUGGUGAUGGAGUUUGUGAGAGCAUAUGCUCCCCAAAGGUACAAAAUAGCUUGAGGUAUCCUGCUUUCUGUGACUGAAAGAGAUGUCAUCAUGACUUUGCAUUAAGGUACUCCCAUGACACAAGUGUACUCCAUCUGCAUGAUUUAUGUUUCCAAAUCCAAACACACAUGCAGGCACACACACACACACACACACACACACACAGUUGGGGGUGUGGGGUGUGAGGGUGAGAUUCCCCACAGCCAGCAAAAUAACUAACUUGGGAUUACAGCAUGAUCACUGUGGUAUUUUUUAACCGAAUCAGUUCAGAGUCAUUAACCAUAAGUGCCCAAGUGACAAGUACUGAUUCUUAUCGUCCCCAGCUUAUGGCUAUUACUUUGUA